GGUGGCGGAGGCGGAGGGAGGAGAAAUGGGCGGGAGGCCGGGCGAAAGCUGGUGGCCCGGCGGCCAAGGGGUUGUCAUGGAGCCGCGGGGCCGGGCUCGCGCAUGCGCCACCUGACCUGCCGGGCUGGUUGUGAAGCCCGCGCGACCCCGGCCCUAGGGCAACCAGAUGAAAAGACUACCAGUGCACGCGCUUCCAGCCCAGUAAAACAUGGAGAGGAAAAUCCCAUCCAGAGAGAGCCCCAGAAGACUCUCAGCCAAGUUAGCCAGAGGCACCGAGAUGAAAAAAGUGGCUCGGCAGGUUGGCACAGUGUCUGCCGAGUCAGAUAAGGACUCGGGAUUUUCAGAUGGGAGCUCAGAAUGUCUGAGCUCCGCAGAGCAGAUGGAGUCGGAGGACGUGCUGAGUGCCCUGGGCUGGAGCAGAGAAGGCAGGACGAGGCAGAGCUCCAAAGCUGCAAAUGGCGCCUUCCCUACGCUGUCGCCCAUGGUCGUCAUGAAGAAUGUGCUGGUCAAGCAGGGCAGCAGCUCUUCCCAGCUCCAGUCUUGGACUGUCCAGCCUUCCUUCGAAGUGAUCUCGGCCCAGCCACAAGUCUUCGUCCUCCAUCCACCUGUGCCAUCGCCUGUCAGCCCACGUCACACAAACGAGAGAAAGUCAGACUCCAGAAACUACUUACCCAUUCUGAAUUCUUAUACCAAAAUAGCCCCCCACCCAGGCAAAAGGAGCCUUUCCCUCAACCCAGAAGAAAGAGGUGUGAGUGGAAUGCCGAAGAAAAUCUGUACUGAGAGACUCGGGUCCAGCUUGCCUUCCAGGGAGCCGGGCAAAGCUGGCACUGUACUGUCCAAUCCCUCAACUCCAGCACCCCCCAGCGCCAAACUGGCCGAGGAGUCAGCCCCGCAGGGUGUGCCCUCGCUGGCGGCAGGUGGCAGUCCACAGACUCUUCAGCCAGUGUCCAGCAGUCAUGUGGCUAAAGCUCCCAGUCUGACCUUUGCAUCCCCUGCCAGCCCUGUCUGUGCUGCAGACAGUACUCCGCACGGCUUAGAGAGCAGCUCUCCCCUCUCCCCUCUGUCAGCAAACUACGGCUCACCCUUGUGGGCUGCCGAGCACCUCUGCCGCAGCCCAGACGUCUUCCCGGAGCAGCAGCAGAACAAACACAGGCGCUUUCACAACACCCUCGUGGUCCUGCACAAGUCUGGCCUGCUGGAGAUCACUUUGAAAACGAAGGAAUUGAUCCGUCAGAACCAGGCAACUCAGGUGGAGCUAGACCAGCUGAAGGAACAAACACAGCUUUUUCUAGAGGCCACCAAGAGCAGGGCUCCUCAGGCCUGGGCUAAACUGCAGGCUUCCCUAACAUCUGGAUCCAGUCAUCUAGGCAGUGACCUAGACGCAUUCUCCGAUCACCCCGACAUAUAGCACAGGGGCUUGCGUUCCUGUUAUCUGAGUGGUUCUUUUCAUUCUUGUUGUUACCCACACUCAUUUCCCAAAGCGUAUGUUAGACCCUUUCCUUCUAAACUCAUGAAACCACAUACCAGUCCCUGGCUGAUGUCUUAACCUACUGUAGUCCCUGCAUGGGUCAUGUACGUCUUUGUUCCACUGAGGAUGUCUGCUUCUGAGUGUCCUCAAGUCUUUUCCUUAGCUGGCAGGCACUUAGCCACGUCAUGGGGCACAGGAGGAGAGAUGACUGCGUGGGGCAUUUCUGGCUGGGACCUCUCACCAUCCCACUCACAAACUGGGUUCAAGGGUGCCGUAAAAUGGAUGAGCAUUCAGGGCAGUGACGCAAGGUCCUUUCAGGAACCCUCCCUUGUGUUGUCUCAGUCACAGACAAAAACAAGAGGAGGUAUGUUUGCAUUCCACAAGACAUUGCACCACUUGGGCGAAACCUAAAUUGCUCUGGGCACUGGUACCAGUACUUAAUCAUGUUUAACUUGGUUUUCUCCAACUUGAAGGUAGAGGGCAGGAAGAGUAGUACCAUCAGCCUCCUGCUCUUGAGUCACAUACCAGAUUUCACUUUAGGGCGUAGGCAGAAGACUUCAGACUUAGGGUAUGAGAUGGAUCCAGUAUCAUCUGGAAAUGUAGUUGAUGAAUUGAUCUUUGACGGACAGACUGAAGAAAAUAGCCGUGGCCAGCAUUUUCCUGUCAGCAGCUAGACAAUUGUGGCAACUCAUGCUUUCUUGAACUAGUACAGCCUGUUUUAUGUCUGAAAAGCUCAGGGAUAGCAUCGUGGCUCCUGAGGCUCUGGUGUACGUUACCUCUCUGCUGCCACCUUUUUGGUUUGCCCCCUUCUAAAAGUAGAAGUAAGAAGUGGUUAUGCUUGUAAACUUUGAAUUGUACAAAAUCACCCUCAGGUUAUGAUUAGAUCAUGGAAAUUAGAAAGCAUUCUUCUUACCCAUUUCCCAUUUCCUUUUUGUAUCUUGUUUUUGUCUCAUGUCAUGGUAAUGGGGGAAAGUUGUGGAGUCGUCUUAUGUCUCCUUCAUGUGUUGGUGUUACAUUGGUUUCAUGCCCAAGGGCCUGUUGGUUCUCUGAUGCUUGUCUCAAGAUGGAGAAUGAGAAUUUCCAGAUGAUACGCACUCUUUUUCCACUUUUCUCUUGUUAGCCAUGAGAUGCCUAAACAGUAAAUUAUACCUUCUUUUAAAAUUUUUAUCCCCUGGAAAACUUUGUUCAUGACAAAUUCCCUCAAUAAGUUUUCAUGGCUGUUCCGCAAACAAAAUGCUCUUGAGGUGUUGUGAAGUCAGAAGUUAAUGAUCCUAUUUACUAGGUAGCUGCAACUCUAGAACAUCCUUUGGAAUGCUGAGACUUCAAAUUUCCUAUACUGUGUUCACAAACACGUGAUAUAGAUAGGAUGAGUUUAGGAAAUAAAUAACUUGGUACACCUCUAGACCCUUGCAACUAACAGAAUGAUCACCCUACCAUUUGCUUUCUGAAAGACUUUCCAAAAUCAGAGCAAAUGUGUCUCUAAGCCGACUUUUCUCUUGGCCCACUCUCUUGCCUCCUCUGAGUCUGCAUGAUACUGUAGCAGCUCUAGUCUGCCCCAUGCUAGGAAGCUUCCUGUUUGGUAGAAUGGCUUUGGCAGCAAAGCUAUAGAGACAGGUGCACUCACAACAGCCUGGGCACCAGUCAUGAGUCUUACUGAGUGUCAGAAAUCUGAAAGCACUUGCUGAGAACCAAAUGUAUGCCUUUGGAAAAAGCCUAUGUGAAGCUAUGAGCCUCUUAGCCUCUUUCUCCUAGGUUGGGCUUGGCAUUUCCCUUCCAGUCACUGAAAAAGAUGAAAGCCACUCUUGGUGCUCACUGCUGAGUGGCAGGGAGGGGUAGCAGUACCCCUACUCUUCUCUGGUCUUUACUUAGAGCUAGAAGUCUCUUGGCUGUUAGCAUGAACAUGUUCUUUCCUUAGUGGAGCUAGGCACAAAACGAGCCCCGGUAGAGAAGCUAGGUCUUGGGAGAAGAGAUCCAUUGAGUCCAGAGGGCAGAUCUGCAAAUGGAGGAAUGUCGGGAGCCACCAGAAAGGUCUCCGUUGGUUGCACAACGCUGUAAGUAGUAACGGCCCUAGCAGGGCCUGAUGAUAUUUGGCAUGAAGUACUGUGCUAUCGCUAUACCGUUUGGUGAAAGUGAGACACCAGUGUUAGCUCAGAGCAACCCUGAAGAGAAUCUUUGGCAGAUUUUAUUGGCAUUACUGAAACGUGUAAAAAGUUUGUGAUUGGUUAUGGAAAUGGAGCUUGAUGCUAUUUGUAAUUUAUUAUGCUCAUUGCUUUUUAUUGAUUAUGGUAUCAUCUGACUUUUCUUCUCCACUAUGAUUCCUUUAACAAACAAAUAACUCAUGCAUAUAUUGAAGUGCUUUUCCAGCUCUGAGUUAUUUAAGGGUAUAAGUUUAUUUAACAAAUGUGAAUUCUAUUGAGAAAGUAUGAAGUUAUAUAGAAAUUGACUGUGAAAUGUCAGAGAAAAAUAAAAGUCACUUACUUGAAAACCA